CCCUGCCGCGGCCCCUCCAGUCCCUUCGCAGCCCACCGACUCCCUCUACAACGCCGGCCUGCCGCCUGGCUGCUGGGCUUUGCCCGCCUGGGCCCGGGGGAACGGCCGCGGCGGCUCCAGCGGGCGGAAUUCUGUGUAUUGCUGCAAAUGCCAAUAGAGAUGCAUUGUCAUAUAUAGGAUAGAUAAAACUAGCUAUGGAGUUGGAACAACAAACAGAAGGAGAGUUUGAAAAAGAAACUGCUGAGUUCUCUAAACAUCAGAAACUGCAAGAAAAAAAGGAGGAAAAAGAUGAGUCAGAAGAAGAAAUUGACUCUACAGAUCUGUUUCAGUUUGGGGGCCUGACCUCCCAGAAGAACUUUGCGUCAUCUGAUUUUUGUUUUUUGCAGGCGUUUAUCUUCAGACUUCUGAAAUUUAAAGAGUUUGAACUUUGUGAACUAAAAAGAAGUUUGACAAAGGCAUAUGGAGAACAGGAAAGUUUAAAAAAGCAGUUGGAGGAUCUAAAGAAUCAGCAGUUGAAGUUGGAAACGGAUUUUGCAUCCAUAAAGGCAUAUAGCGGUACUUUAGAAAAAGAGUUUGAAAAUUUAAAUAUGGUUCCAGUGCUGUUCCAGUUUCAUCUGCAAAUAGUGGACACUAGGCUGCAGAGCGCUGGGACCAGGCCAGGAGCAGAGCCCUGGGUUGGCUGCCGGUACCCCAGGCUAGCAGGAGGGCUGAGCAGGACUGGAGGGCCGGACCCUAACUGGCAAGGGGCCGGGUGGCUGGAACCCCAGACCAGCAGCGAGCAACACAUGCAUAAAACAAUCUGACCUUGUUGUAAAAGAGUGGUUUUGUCAUUGAAGAACAUUCAUAAACCAGUAUACCCUUUCAGCUAGUGCUGUAAAUUACAAUCCUCUGCUCUGAAGUUUGAAAAUAAAAAUAGCUAGGAUGGAAAAGAUGAGUGUGAUGAUAUGGUCUUCUAGGUUCUUGCAAAAGUCUUUACCAGGAUGGCGAAUAUAGGCAUUUGAGGGAAGAAUAAAUCAGGAAGCUUGUUUGGUCACAGUCAGAGUUCCUGAUGGAUGAAAGGCUCAGAAUGUACAGUGUACAUCUUCUGGGCCCUUUUUUCAUGUUAUAUUCAGCAGAAAGUAUUUGUGAAGCUUUGCUCCUAUAUACCCUUUUGGGGGAAGCGUGAGUUGAAGGAGAGUGCACUAUCAGGUUCUACUUUCAUAGGACUUGUAGAAAUUACUACAUGAUGGAAAACUGAAGGUACAACUUCUGGGAUGGAUUCUGCUCAUUGAAAACCCACAAGAACAUUUGAUAUGACAUGUAAUUAUGAAGCAUAAAAUUGUGAUUUGCUUUCAGCCCAGCUGUAAAGAUGAAGGAUGUUCUUUAAAAUCUAUAAUAGAUUACAUUUUAGUGGCAGAACUUUGCAAUUGCACCUUAUUGUAGAAAUGACUUCUAGCCAUAGAUAUCUGUAUUAUUGGUUUUAAUGAUAAUCAUGUCAUCUGUCAGAUUUUUUUCCCUAACUGUAAAAUGAGUAUACUUAACCUGUUUCAAGGAUGUCCAAGAUUAAUUAAUGAACCCAAUGCUGCAAAAUUCCUGCUCAUGUGAGUAAUACCAUUGAUGUCAAAGUGAUUACUCACAAGAGUAAUGGCUAAUCAUACAAGGAAGGGGUUUUCAGGAUAAACACUGAGUAGAAGUACUUUUAUUAAUUUUAUAAUGUAAUAAUACUCUUUCCCUUUAUUAAAAUCGUUUUUAUAGAUCUGGUCUUUAGCACUGAGGAUGUACUAUGGGACUGAUAUUUCAGCUCUUACUCACAUGAGUAUUCCCGCUCAGUAAGGGCUACUGUAUUGGCCCUGUGUAUGAGAGCAAACUGUUAAAUUAUACCAAAAAAAGAUAUUGUGUUAGCAGUAACAUUAUAGAAUAGGGGGGAAAUCUAGUAUACUGCAUAUUAAAAUGUUUCUGUAAUAAAAGGUCUAUUUUUCUGAUAGACCUGGUCAAAAAAUGAGAUGUAAUUUUCAUAACAUUGACAAAAAAUUCAUCCUGCAGCUUUCCAUUGGAAUUUCUUUGAAAAAAUUCAUCGAAAUGGUGAAUUUUGAAAAAGUUUGACCAUUUCGACGUAUGAUGGGUGAGACACAUAAUAUUGGAGGCUGAUGCUAUCUCCUUAUUUAAUUGCAAUGGGGGUGUGUAGAGUCUUCCAGCAUAGCUCUGGACAUUCAGUUCUAAUUCUGUGCUGUAUACUUUAAUUGAAUUUAAAAAGUAGCUUGAUACUCAACCAGUAAAAAAGGAUUAAUGUGUAAGAUUACUACUGCAAGGUGCUGAGCUGUCUAAAACCCCAUUGACUUCUGUGCAAGCUGGAGGUGGUCAAUACCUAUUGGGAGAUAGUCAGCACCUUGCAUGAUUGGGGACUGAGAUCUCAAAUUGACAUCAGGGAUUGUUUCCUAUUAAAAUAUUGUUUUAGAAACAAAGCACCUUUAAUAUCAUAUACUUAGACAACAUUAUUUGCCUUGAGUUCAAAAUACAAUACUUCCUCUGAUAUAAAAGCAGAAGAUUAAGAUGAGAAAGGACAAGUCCUCAUCUUAGUUUUGCCCCCCUGCCCUUUGGACAGGAAACCUGCCCAAUAACUCCAUCCUGUGGAGUUAUACCAGUAGAGGUUUUUGACAGAAAAGCAAAAGCACCUUUUCCCUGCCCAAGGUGUCUACAAUAUAAUUAUCCAUUCAAAUGUAAUUACAGAAUGGCUAAGUUAUUCUUAAACAAUCCCACUGUGUUUUCUGAUAGACUCUUCCACAUGCAAAUAACCAUAGAUUAAAGUGGGUUCAUG